GAGUAAUUCAUCAUGUCUGAUGCAAAGUAUUUUCAACGAGGGAAAACACAAGAACUACGAGCUGAACUCAACUCUGAUAAACGCGAUCCAAAACAUCAACGAAAGAAGACAGUGAUGAAAAAGAUUGUUGCCAAUAUGACUAUGGGAAAUGAUAUGUCUUCUUUAUUUCCUGAUAUAUUGAAUGUUAUGAAUGUACCUAUUUUAGAAAUUAAAAAAAUGGUAUAUCUUUAUCUUAUUAACUAUGCUCGAAGUAAACCUGAUAUGGCUAUGAUGGCUAUUACUAUGUUUAUUAAGGAUGUGGAAGAUCCUAAUCCAUUAAUUCGUGCAUUGGCUAUUCGAACUAUGGGUUAUAUUCAAGUAGAAAAGAUUGUAGACUGUCUUAUUGAUCCUUUACGCCAUUGUCUUCGAGAUAAAGACCCAUAUGUAAGAAAAACUGCAGCUAUUUGUGUGGCCAAAUUAUAUAUGUACGACAAUGUUUUGGUAGAAAGUGAACAUUUUAUUGAUAUGUUACGUGAUCUUUUGAAUGAUCCAAAUCCAACGGUAAUUGCUAAUGCUGUGGCAGCUUUGACGGAAAUUUCGGAAAGAUCAGAUAAUAUUCAAUUAAAAUUGAAUCAUACUAUUUCAAGCAAAUUGGCUGCUGCAUUGAAUGAAUGCUCAGAAUGGGGUCAAACUUAUAUUUUGGAAGCAUUGAUGUAUUAUGUUCCUCAAGAACAAGGUGAUGCUGAAAUGUUGGCUGAAAGAAUUGCUCCUCGUUUACAACAUGCAAAUUCUGCUGUGGUUUUAACUUGUGUCAAGGUGAUGAUAUAUUUGAUGAAUUAUAUGAAAGAUGAAAAUGAUAUUUUGACAUUUUGUCGAAAACUCAGUCCACCAUUAGUCACUUUACUAUCAUCCGGUCCUGAAGUACAAUAUGUCGCAUUACGAAAUAUUCUAUUAGUAAUUCAACGUCGACCUGAAGUUUUACGAAAUGAUAUGAAAGUCUUCUUUUGUAAAUACAACGAUCCUAUCUAUGUGAAAUUGGCAAAAUUGGAAAUCAUCUUCCGUCUAGCAAAUAGUAACAAUGUGGAUCAAGUAUUAAGUGAAUUGAAGGAAUAUGCUACUGAAGUGGAUGUGGAUUUUGUACGAAAAGCUGUACGUUCUAUUGGUCGUCUUGCUGUCAAAAUAGAAACUGCUGCUGAAAGGUGUAUUACAGCUCUAUUAGAUUUAAUUCAUACCAAGGUCAAUUAUGUAGUUCAAGAAGCUAUUGUAGUAAUCAAGGACAUUUUCCGUAAAUACCCCAACCAAUAUGAAAGUAUCAUUGGUACACUUUGUGAAAAUUUGGACAAUUUGGAUGAACCUGAAGCCAAAGCAGCAAUGAUCUGGAUUAUUGGUCAAUAUGCCGAUCGUAUUGAAAAUGCCGAUGAAUUAUUGGAUGACUUUCUUUAUUCAUUUUUGGAUGAACCUGUGGAAGUGCAAUUGGCUUUACUCACUGCGACGGUCAAACUGUUUAUCAAACGUCCUACAGCUGGUCAAGAAUUAGUACCUAAAGUAUUGAAAUGGGCUACUGAAGAAACUGUGAACCCGGAUUUACGUGAUCGUGGUUAUAUUUAUUGGCGUUUGCUCUCCACUGAUCCUGCAAGCGCAAAGGCCAUUGUUCUCUCCGACAAACCUUCCAUUUCUACUGAAAGUGAUAAUAUGGAUGUCAACUUUUUGGAUGAACUUCUCCUUCAUAUUUCAAGCUUGGCUUCUAUUUAUCACAAGAGUCCAACAACCUUUAUUCAUCAUUAUAAACCAAGAUUCCUAUUACCUUCACCUGUACUCCAGAAAACAUAUCACCAACGCCCUUCAUUCUCUGCAGCAUCAUCAUCCGCCGCGUUGCCAAACAUACCUUCGUCAACAACAAAUAGUAACAAUUUUGCUCCAUCAACACAACAACAGUUACAAAAAGGUGCCAUUGAUCAAGGUUAUAACAGCAUGGCAGCGAAUAGGCUCUCAUUCAAUGGCACAAAUGGAUUACAACCAGUGAAUCCUUAUGCAACCGAUAUCAGUAUACAACAGCCAAUCAGAACAUCACAACAAACAUCCGUAGGCGUAGAUCUUUUACUUGACUUGUAGACUUUCCUCUUUCUUCCCCCCCUAUAUAUCUCUCUCUCUUUUUAUUAUUUUUGUAUACAACAAUAAAUAAAUAUUAUGUUGAUCAGUUGAAUGA